AAGCUAUAGCCCAAUAACAGAAUUCGGGCUAAAAUUACAAUUACCCAAUGACUAGGGCGGGUUCAAUCAUUUCCCUCAGUUUUAAACCCGCUGUAAAAUCAGCCACCGCGCCGCCGCCUCUCGUCGCCGACGUACGGUGGCGAUACUUCACCAAAGAAGAUGAAGUCUAAACUCGCAGCUUCCAUUAAUUUAUUUCGUGCUGUUAAUCGCAGUACUAACACACGCAAUACAAUACCUUCAAGAUCAAUGCUCGCUAAUUUGCACCGCCGCCAUUGCCUGAUUAACAGCAGCUUCCAGGCUCAAGGUUUCGAGAUAUCCGAAAGAGCUUUUCACUCUUCUGCCAGCGAAGAUGAUGGUGACGAUUUCUCGGAAUUGGGACCAGAAAGUUCGGAGUGCUCUCUUAAGCAAAUAAAAUUAGUCACGGAGAAACGUGACCGUUUAAAGAAAACUUAUUCAUCGAGAAGAGAUUUGGGUGGUGCGGCUUCUUCGGAUACCAGGCCUAAUUUGAAGGAAAUUGUUGCAUCAAUUGGCAAAGGUUCUCAAACUUCAAAUUCAAAGAUCGUUGGCCAUGAUCAUGCUUCUGCUUUAGCUGAUGGCACUAAGAAGAUCUCUAAUAUAGAAAGUCCAUGCCCUGUAUCCAUUAAGAAUGUACCAUCUACAGUUGGUCUCUCUGAACUCGUGGAAUCUGUUUCGGUUUUCGGAAAAGUUUCUGGUGCUUCCUUUUUAAAUGCAUCUAACGGAUUUAGGUGUUGCAACAUUGAAUUUGAGGAUGUUGAGUCGAGCCAGAGAGCAAUUUUGGUUGGUAAAGUUGCAGUGGGAAGUCAAGUAAUGCCAGUUCAGCCUGUUGAUGCUGUAGACGUAGUUACAAUUAGAAUCAAGAACAUAAACAAAGACACUACUGAUUUUGCCAUACACUCCAGAUGUAAGUCCGUCGGUGAAUUCGUGGGAUUGUCAAGGACAAGCGAGGAUGCUGUAGAUGCCUUCUUUAAUGUGCGGGAUGACAAAAUCCACCAGAACAUAAUCAAAAAGUUAAACAAUACAGUGGUUGAUUGCAAUGCGUGGUCAGCCGAUGUACUCCAAUGUAAAUUGAAACCAACAGAAGAACCCUCGGCUAAGGAAUCUAGAUACAAGCUGGGCUUGCAGAUUGUUGAUCAAUUCACAGAUUUGAAAUGGCAAUCUGUCCUAAUUAAAAUUGACUUGGAGGAUCUCGAGAUUUUGAAUACCAGCAUAAUGCACAUAGAAGACCUGCAUAUCGACUGAGAUUUUGUUUCUUUCGUUGUGUGUAGAAUGUAAUAAAUAAGGCCUUCUAGCUUAGAGUUUUUUUUUCAUUUUUUUAGCAUCUCAUGGAUUGGGAACAAAUUUGUAAGAUUUUUUUUUCAUUUUUUCAUUUUUUUCAUUUUUUCUCCCCUCGUCAAUGUAAGAUUUUUACCAUAAUUUUAGCAUCUCAUGGAUUGGGAACAAAUUUGUCUAGAAAUGAAUUGCAUCGCAGGAGCUGAGAAUUUAUCUACGUUGGUUGUUUCCACUUUCUCGGAU